AUGGGGUCUGGAGAAGAGAGCACACCUGCUAAACCUUCCAAACAUACUUCUUCAACUCAGGAGACACCAACAACACCUUCUUAUCCUGAUUGGUCAAGCUCUAUGCAGGCUUAUUAUGGUGCUGGAGCUACUCCCCCCUUUUUUGGCUCAACUGUUGCUUCUCCCACUCCCCAUCCGUAUAUGUGGGGAAGCCAGCAUCCUUUAAUGCCACCAUAUGGGACCCCUAUCCCAUAUCCUGCUUUAUAUCCUCCUGGGGGAAUUUAUGUCCAUCCUAAUUUGGCCGUGAUAUCAAGCACAGCACAGACAAACCCCGAAUCUGAAGGUAAAGCCACCGAGGGGAAGGACCGGGCUUCAAACAAAAAACCCAAGGUAGCUUCAGGAAAUGCUGGCUUGAAUGGUGGCAGGGUUGGAGAAAUUGGGAAUGGAGCUUCAGGUUCAGGAAAUGAUGGUACAACUCAAAGUGCCGAAAGUGGAAGUGAGGGUUCAUCUGAUUCAAGUGAUGAUAAUAUCAACCAACAUGAAUUUGCUAGUAGUACGAAAGGAAGCUUUGGCCAGAUGCUUGCAGAUGCCAAUGCACAGAGUAACACUGCUGGAGCAACUCUCCAGGCAUCAGUGCCUGGGAAUCCAGUUGUCUCUAUGCCUGCAACUAAUCUGAAUAUUGGAAUGGACUUAUGGAAUGGGUCCCCUGCUGGCACUGGAGCUGUGAAGAUGCGACCAAAUUCUUCUGGUGUCUCACCACCUGCUGUUCCAGCAGCAAUGACUGCACGUGAAGGCAUGUUGCCCGAUCACCACUGGGUUCAAGAUGAACGGGAACUGAAAAGACAAAAGAGGAAGCAAUCCAAUAGGGAGUCAGCUAGGAGGUCAAGAUUGCGCAAGCAGGCUGAGUGUGAAGACCUACAGCAAAGAGUAGAGACAUUGAACAAUGAGAAUCUCGUGCUCAGAGAUGAGCUGCAAAGGCUUUCUGAGGAAUGCGAGAAGAUUACUUCGGAAAAUAAUUCCAUCAAGGAAGAAGUAACUAGAUUAUGCGGACCAGAUGCAGUCUCCAAACUGGAGAACAAUUGCAUUGCACCACAUCUGCAGUCUCAUGCCGAUGAAAGUAACAGUUGA